AUGGAGUUGAAGCACCAGUUGGAAGAUGAAGAAGUCCCCGUUGCCGUGAUUGGUGGUGGUAUAGUGGGCCCAGUAAUGGCAUACAUAUUGGGAGAGCGCGGUAUCAGAGUUCAUUUAUAUGAGUCGAGAAACAAAGGCCUAAAUGGAAGUCUGGGCAGAGCAAUAAACUUUUCUCUCUCCAACCGCGGAAUAGACGCACUGGUACGAAUGGGUAUCUCCGAUAAAGUGCUAAAAGAGGCAGCUCCAUACUAUGGUAGAUGCAUACAUUUGCCUAAUAGCGGGGGUGAGACUAAAGUGGAGUUUUACCUUGGCAAUGAAAAGAAAGAAGCAAUACACUCCAUAAAUAGGAGACUAUUGAGUGAAUUAGUUUUGAAAAGAUUAGAAGAGAAUCCAAAUGUCAAAAUAUUUUAUCAGCAUCAAUUAUUAAAUAUAGAGCAUAAAAACGAAACGUUACACUUUAACGUAAAAGGAGGAGAAGAAGGGAGUAAUAAUAAAAAAUCAGUAAAAGCUAAAUUUAUAAUUGGAUGCGACGGUUUCAAUUCUUCUGUGCGCAAAAGUAUACUUGGAUCAAUGUCAUAUUAUCAACAGAACAUAUUGGACGAGGUUUAUCACGAGUUCUACCUUCCUCCAACACAAAAUGGAGAGUCUGCAGUACCAUAUCCAGAUAUGUUUCAUAUAUGGCAACUAGGUGAAGUGAUGAUGGUUGGUCUACCUAAUAAAGGGAAUAGUUUCAAUAUCAUAUUAUAUACUCCUCUCUCGCACUCUAGAAAUAUUAAAACACCAAAUGAUGUUUUGGAUUUUUUCCAAAAAACGUUUCCAGACGUGCAGGGAAAAAUACCAAAAGAUCAACUAAUUGAAGAUUUCUUUCGAAAGACCCCAAGCAGGCUUAAUAUCAUGAAGUGUUACCCUUAUCACUAUGGUAACAUCCUUUUGCUAGGUGAUGCUGCCCAUUGUGUCCAUCCUUUUUGUGGACAAGGUGUAAACGCUGCCUUAGAGGAUUGCCUAAUAUUUGAAGAAUGUCUUGAAGAGAAUAAUGGAGACUUACUAACAGCAGCUGAACUAUUCACUAAUAGACGUUGGAAGGAUCUGCACACAUUAGCUGACGAAUCAUUGAAUAACUUCACUGCUUCAAGAACUGGUGUCAGUUCUAAUUGGUUUUGGAUUAAAUUAGAAUCGUUUUUAUCAAAAUUUUUGCCUAAUGUAUUUAAACAGAUAUAUCCAAUGAUUUUGCGGUAA